CUGGGGAGUGUUUCACAGAAGUACUGUUUUCCCUUUGUUAUAGGUUUAAGGAGGGCCUUUUGACAUUGGGGCUCCUUGAUGAGGUGAUGUGCAACCCAAGAGCCUUCCAAAGAGCCUUUACACAACCUCCACUCCCACUGACAGCCACCGACCUGGCCAACCUCUUCACCCCAACGCUGUCUCCAGUGGGCAGCAACAGAAGAAGAUUAGAGAACCGCACUAUUGCCCACUGGAGGGAUUGGUUGUUGGAAGUGGAAGAAGGUAACAUGGACCAUGUUCAAGUAGAGGAUGUACUCGUCUUCUGCAGUGGAGCCUCCCGAGUGCCACUUUCUGGCUUCCCGGAGCCACCAAUGCUGGACUUUUUCCUUGUUACAGACUCCAACAGUUUACCUCUUGCAAACACGUGUUCAGUCACACUAAGGCUACCUCUGCAUUCUAAUUAUCCUGAUUUUUCAAGGCCAAUCCAGCUGGCUGUGGCUUGGUCAGGGGUAUUUGGCUUUGCGUAA